AUGGGUACCAUUCAGCAAUCACAACCAUGGGAGCAGAUCGUCGCUCAGAAACGUGCCAUUAGAGAUAAGCUACUAGCUCCAUAUCUAGUUGACGAUAUUGAACACCGAGUCCCUCGAGUCGAUCGCGUUUUUGAGCGCACUCGGUUAAAGUCCGAGGAAGUGCAACAAAUUACGGACAUUGACAACGUACAAUCUGUUGCACAAAGAAUUCAAAAAGGUGACUUGAGCGCUGAACAGGUCAUUAAAGCAUAUAUACAAAGUCUUGAUAGAGCUACAGUGGCACAUCAAUUGACCAACUGUCUUACCGAAAUCGUGUUUGAAGAUGCAUUGAAGCAGGCCAAACAGCUUGAUAUAGAGUUUCAAACGACUCGCAAGAUAAGGGGACCUCUGCAUGGAAUCCCAAUUACACUUAAGGACCAAUUCAAUGUCAAGGGUAUUGACUCGACUUUGGGAUACGUGGGUCGAUCGUUCUCUCCAGCCCAAAAAGACGCGGUCCUGGUUCAGAUAUUGAAGGACCAAGGUGCAAUUGUUAUUGCGAAGACCAACCUGUGUCAGAGCAUCAUGUGGGCAGAGACCGAAAAUCCCUUGUGGGGGUUGACCACAAAUCCUCGGAAUCCGGCCUUCAGCCCAGGUGGCUCGACAGGUGGUGAGGGUCCGCUUCUAGCUUUGCAUGGAUCCCUCCUUGGCUUUGGUACAGAUAUCGGCGGAAGUAUACGAAUGCCACAGGGUGUAGCUGGGUUAUACGGGUUGAAACCUUCAAGCAAACGCUUUCCCUAUGAAGGCAUCCCGGUCUCUACAGAGGGUCAAGAACAUAUCCCAUCUUCUGUAGGGCCAAUGACUCGGGAUAUGCAAUCCCUCCAGUAUAUUACUCAGCUCGUGGCAAAUUCUCGGCCCUGGGAUUCGGAUCCUCGAUGUGCCCCUCUUCCAUGGAAUGAGAUGGCAUUUAACGAGAUACAGAAACGAUCCUUGGUUAUUGGUCUCAUAUUAGAUGAUGGAAUAGUCAAGGUUCACCCACCAAUCACUCGGGCUUUACAAGAGUUGACAGACAAGUUGAAAGCACAUGGCCAUGAAGUCAUAACCUGGGAUACUUCUGAUCAUGCCGCCUGUAUCGAGCUGAUGGAUCUCUAUUACACCGUGGAUGGAGGUGAAGAUAUCCGUCGGGACAUAAGUACUGCUGGUGAGCCCUAUAUCCCCCAUGUGGAAGCUAUGGUCAACCGCGGGAAACCAAUAUCCAUAUAUGAAUAUUGGCAACUCAACAAGCGCAAGUUCGUUGCCCAGAAGAAUUACCUUGAUAAAUGGAAUGCGAUCCGAUCACCCUCCGCCAGGCCCGUUGAUGUUCUGCUAAGCCCAACUAUGCCUCAUACCAGCGUUCCACACCGAAAGUUCCGAUGGGUGGGAUAUACGAAGAUUUGGAACUUUCUUGAUUAUCCAGCAGUCACAUUCCCAGUAGGUAAGGUCAAAGCAGAUCUUGAUCGAUUACCACCGGAGCCUUAUAUACCGAGAAAUGCUUUAGAUGAGUGGAACUGGGGACUCUAUUCAGCAGAUGAGACGGAUGGGUAUCCUGUCAACUUGCAGGUUAUUGGGAAGAAAUUGGAAGAAGAAAGAGUGCUAGGAGCUGCUACUGUUAUUGAGAUUAUCUGGAAGAACAAGACUGCCAGCUAG